AUGGACAGUUCAGAUGAUUAUCCACGCGUGGCCACUGCAGCGACACCUUUGAUUGGAUCGAUUUAUCAUCGAACGUGGACUUACAUUGCAUUUAUAUGGCUUGGCUUAGGUACGACUUUACCAUUCAAUUUCUUUAUCACCGCGGAUCCUUAUUUCCGUUACAAAUUACACGAUCCGUCCGUAAAUACAUCGAUGUCACCUUUGGAAUUUUAUUAUGAGAAUUCCGUGACCAUAUGUGCAUCUUUAACGAAUCUACUGACAGUAGUUUUAGUUACAUAUGUGUAUGUACCAUACAUUCAUAAAACUCGUAUAUACACAUCGUUGUCCGGUGUAACUUUAUGUUUAUCCGUUUGUUGUGUAUUAACUGUAAUCAAUGUUCAACAAUGGCGUGCAAUAUUCUUUGCUGUGACGAUGUUACUUGUGAUGAUACAAAGUAUCUGUAGUGCAGUGUUAUUAAAUUGUUUGUUUUCGUUGGCGGCAACGUUGCCUAGUCGAUACAUUCAAGGACUAAUUUCUGGGCAAGCAAUUGGUGGCAUUUUUGUGGUGGUAUGUUCGAUCAUAUCAAUAGUUGUGUCAAGUAAUAUAUCAACAGCUGCAUUAAUCUAUUUUCUUCUGGCAAUAUUGGUUUUAAUAUCGAAUAUAAUCAUUUACUUCUUCUUGGAAAAAUCUCAUCUGUUCCAAAUCUACUCAUCGGCUGUAUGGGAAAUAAACAAUGAGUACGAAGUAUUCUUCCACGAAUCCUCAUCGCACAAUGAUGGUUCUCAUCCCACGAUGAGUAUAACAUCUUUGGCUAUUCGCCAACGUUUGUAUGUCGCUUAUAAACACAUCAAAUGGAACUUCUUUGGAGUAUUUUUCACAUUCAUUUCAACUUUGUCGCUAUUUCCAGGAUAUUUAUCAAAGAUUCAACCGGCUUAUCCAUCAACCGAAUACCCGAAUUCAUUGUGGACGAAACGUUUAUAUGCUCAAGUUAUGACAUUUCUUCUUUUUUACAUCGGAGACACAUUUGGACGAAUGAUAUCACUCAAAUUCCAGAAACCAUCUCUAAGAUAUCCACGUGUGCUUUUCUUCAUAUGCCUAUCGAGAUUCGUAUUCAUAGUCUUCUUUGGCUUUUGUCAUUUUCCCAAUGCCAACGGAUUUCCAUACCUAUUCAAGCACGACGCUAUCUAUACUACAAUAAUGUUAAUCUUUUCUAUAUCACAUGGAUAUUGCCAUUCGCUUAAUAUGAUGUAUGCACCACAGCGAGUUCACUCACAAUUGACCAGUACAGUCGGAGCAUUGAUGACAAUGGCGUUGGCUUCAGGUACGUUUAUUGGUUCAGUAUUAUCGUUUGGUGUUGUGACCAUGUAUGGUGAUAGCACACCGAUGAUACGCGAGUAUCUUCGAUGA